AUGAAGACGACGGAGCCAGGCCUGAGCGGCGGCGGCCACCUCGCCGCCAAGCCCACCGACGACGACGACGAAGCCGGCAUGGACCGCCUGAGCGCGCUCCCCAACAGCGUCCUGCUCCACAUCCUCGCGGGCCUCGGGAACGCCGCCACCGCCGGUCGGACCAGCGUGCUCCCCAGCCGCUGGCGCCGCCUCUGGGCGUUGCUCCCGGAGCUCCGCUUCGUCCCUCUCUCCCCCGAGCCCGGCCUCAUCGCGUCGGCGCUGGCUGCCCACGAAGCGGAGCUCAGGCACCUCGACGUGACGACCCAGGACGCCGCCCCCGAGCCCGUGGCGGCCUGGCUCCGCGUCGCCGUGCGCCGCCUCUCCGGCAGCCUCGUCUUCACCAACCAGACGCCGAUGGGGAGAUACGAUGACGCCGACGCCGACGGCGAGGGGAGAAGCGCUUUCGAUGAGCGUCCCCGUCGGAGAGACGACGUCGACGUCGACGCCGCCCAGGGACGAGGCGCGUUCGAGCUUCCUUGCCUCGACACGGCCCACCAGCGUCUCCAUCGACCUGGGUCGCCUCGGCCUCACCAUGCCACGCGCCGGUGCCUUCGCCCGGGCUCACCGAGCUCAGACUGA